AUGGAGCACAUUGACAGCAAUGCUAUCAACCACGACCUCGCUGCUCGCAUGAAAUACAUGCAGUCCUUUCUUGGUUGGGACCCAGCAAAAGAUGGAAAACUCAUUGAAGCCUGCAAACCUGUGCUUAAACCCAUUAUCGGUAAUAUCGUCGAUGCCGUCUACGAUCAGCUGCUGAAGUACGACAUCACCGCCGCUGCCUUUGCGCCCAAACAGGUCCAAGGAGAAGUCACUACGGACGCCGACGUACACGACCUGAAUGCCAGCCACGCAAACAUCAAAUACCGGAAAGACUUCCUGAAAGCAUACCUGAUUAGGCUGCUCUCCAACCACGACUGGACUCCUGAGAGCAGAUUUUGGCAAUACAUUGACAUGGUGGGCAAGGUCCAUACGGGGUCCACGAACUCGGGCUUGAAGUCCCGGGAGAACAAACCGACACUGUUCGUGGAGUAUCGUGAAGUAAAUCUCCUACUUGGAUGGGUCGAAAACGCCGUCAUCGACAUUGUCAUGGGCGUUGAGAAACUGGAGCUGCAGACAAAGGUGGACAUUCUGAAGGCCCUGAACAAGUACUGGUGGAUCCAGAACGAUCUCUUCGCGAGGCACUAUAUCGCAGGAUUGAGCGUUCCCCGGGUAGAAGACACAGAGCGCCCAUUGACUUGGAUUGACAAACUCAGGGCUGACCCUGUAUUUCCAAUUGUCUCGGCACUUGUUCUUUUUGUCGCUAUUUUCAGCUGGAAGUUCUGA